UUUGCAUUGACGUUUGUAUCAUUUUGUAUAGAACCAGUAUUGACGUGUUACAACAUCUGGUAUAUUAAUGAAAAUAGUAAGCAAUAUAAGAUGUCUUAAAUGAGAGAAAAUGUGCAUGUCAUAAAAAUGCUUACUAAUGGAUACAACACUGGUUUUACAACAUUUGUCAAAGGGCACAGGAGGUCUGCCAGUGAUGUGGAGUUUAAAGAGAAGAUGAGACUUGAUGCGAAGGCUGCCAUGAACAAGGAAAUGCAGAAAAUCCUCAACACUGUAAUGGGAAAUAAAGAGCACAUUCAAAGGGAGUUUGAUGGUUUUGAGCAGCUGUUCAACAGGUAUUUGCAUGAAACUGGACCAAGUGUUGACUGGGAGAAAAUAAAACUUCUACGAGAUGAUGCAGUGAAAACAUACAAAGAUUUGGUAGCACCAAAGUCUGAUGAGAUCAAGCAGUUAUUGGACAAGCUGGUUGUGGUGAAGCUGAAUGGAGGUUUGGGAACUAGCAUGGGAUGUAAGGGACCGAAGUCGGUCAUCAGUGUCCGUAAUGAACUCACAUUCCUUGAUAUGAAUGUGCAGCAAAUUGAGACAUUAAACAGGAAGUAUGAUGCAGAUGUACCUCUUGUUCUUAUGAACUCUUUUAACACGGACGAAGACACAGAGAAAAUAUUGAAGAAAUACAACCAAGUUAGAGUGAAUAUAUUCACAUUUACUCAAAGCAGAUAUCCAAGAAUUAACAAGGAAUCCUUGCUGCCAAUAGCAACAAAUUUUGGGCCAGAGAGUGCUGAUGGCUGGUAUCCACCUGGUCACGGUGAUAUAUAUGCAAGCUUCUAUAAUUCUGGCUUAUUAGAAGAAUUUAUCAAGCAAGGGAAAGAGUAUAUGUUUGUAUCAAACAUUGAUAAUCUUGGUGCAACGGUUGACAUCAAUAUCCUGAAGUUUUUACUUAAUGCUGAGGGUUGCAAGUCCCCAGAAUUUUUGAUGGAAGUCACAGAUAAAACCAGAGCAGAUAUUAAAGGAGGUACGUUGGUAGACUAUGAUGGCAAAUUGAGGUUGCUGGAAAUUGCUCAAGUCCCGAAAGAUUACGUUGAUGAAUUCAAAAGUGUCAGCAAAUUCAAGAUAUUUAAUACCAACAAUCUGUGGAUAAAUCUUCAAGCUAUAAAGCGUGUAUUAGAAGAAAGGACAUUACACAUGGAAAUUAUUGUCAAUCCAAAGACGUUGGACAAUGGUUUAAAUGUGAUACAACUGGAAACAGCUGUAGGUGCUGCUAUAAAGAGUUUUGAUGGAGCUAUGGGUAUAAAUGUGCCACGUCGGCGUUUCUUGCCUGUGAAAACAACAUCUGAUCUUUUGAUUAUUAUGAGCAAUUUGUACAGUUUGAAAGCUGGUUCCCUGGAAAUGAACCCAAAAAGGUCAUUCCCAUCUGUACCUCUCAGUAAGCUGGGCUCACACUUCACCAAAGUGAAGGAUUUCUUGUGGAGGUUUGCCAGUAUUCCUGAUAUACUUGAGUUGGAUCAUUUAACUGUAUCAGGAGAUGUGACGUUUGGAAAGAAUGUUACAUUGAAGGGGACCGUUAUAAUUAUAGCAAAUCACGGAGACAGAAUUGAUAUUCCAUCUGGUGCCAUACUUGAGAACAAAAUUGUGUCAGGAAAUCUCAGAAUUCUUGAUCAUUAAAGGGAGACAAAUCAUAGUCAUAAUACCAUGGAAACAUAAUUAUCAAAAAAAAUACCACUUGGUAUGAAAGAUAUACAUAUACACAUAUAAGAAUGGGUUGUAAUAGGAGAAAAUUGCAAAGAAUCAUAUGCCCCUGUACCUCAAUUGGUAGAAAUGGUAAGAGCGAGUGUUGUUUACUUGUAAUAAAAAUGUUUUUCACUUGGACAGAUAUCCUACAUUAUUCAGAAAAGGAAUAAUUUUUUGGUUGUGUCUUUUUAAAACAAAAAAAAUGUUACCACAGAAUGUCCAUGAAAGAUUUUUACACACACAUGAUAAAUGCUCCUUACACUUAAUGCAUGUGAAGCUCUCUUUUAGUUUAGACAAAACACCCAAAUGCUUAAUGUGUGUGUAGUAAUUUUUUCUUAACAUGAAAUCCUUUGCUUAAAUACACAAAAUGUAUAUAAAGAAAUUUUUGCAUGUUUGGCUAAUCUUCGCAUCAGUAUGUUUAUCUUUAAUAAGUUUAUCAAUUCUCCCACAGUAAGUUUAUCAAUUCAGUUAUUUUUUGCUAUAAUUGUAAAUCAUGAUAUGAUUAUGUCAUGUUUAUUCAUGCUCAUUGUAAGUUUAUUUUAACAUUCAUGUAUAAUUGUUGAUGAAUUUGUAUGAAAUGAAGGUAGAUGUUAAAUUUAUAGCAUUUAAUUUACAAAGUUUUAACCUGUAUUGUUUAUAAAUGUGAUGGUAUUACUGCAAGUUCAUUACGGGAUAUAUGAUUUUUUUUUUGAGCAUCUGUGUGUGUACAUGUUUGUGCUAUAUUUGAUAUUAUAGUCUGCUAGUUAGAGUAGUAGGAUAAGUGUAAUUUAAGCUUACAUAAUCUGUUUUUAAAAGAACUGAAAGCUAACAAAUUGUUAUUUAUAAGUAUAAUAAUGAUAUUACAAAAAAACUACACUGAAGAACUUUAAAUUGGAAAAAAAGAAGACAUUUUGCACAGUUUACUCAUAAGUUGUCAGUAUUGUCACACAAUAUUGCGAUUUUUCAAGAAUUUUCUAAAUAAAUAACAAUACAUGUAAUGAAAUUGUAGCUAUAACAAAAACAUUCAUCCUGUGUUAUAUUUUAUAUAAAGCUUAAUUAGAUGAAAUGAACAAUCAAUACAAACCUGUAGGAAAGUUAUAUCAUCUUUGAAAGAUGUCUUUCUUCCCAGAUCAUGGAAGAUAGAUAUGUAAAUUUUUGUUACAUUUGUAACUUAAUUAAAAUUUAAUUAGUUAGUAAUUAUUAUAAGCCAAUUAUGAUUUGUAAUAAUUGGUGUUAUAUUAAUUAGGUACAGUUUUGACAGAUUGUUACAUGUUAAAGACAACCAAAGAUGUUUAUGUGUGUUACAAAAUUGUAAUAUCAUUUAUUUACAGAGUUGUGAUAUGAUUAAGGGAUUUUAUUUCUAUGGAUAGGUAAUUUUGAAAUUAUAACACUGAUUUACAGAUUUUGCAUAUGGGUUUGUUAUAUAUACGGUAUGAUAAAGCUUUGCGUUACAGUGAAAUAACCAGAUUUUUACCAAUUUCAUGAGACUAGAAAUUGUGUUCUAGUAUUUGAAAUGUCAAAUUUUCCAUUACUCUUGAUAUGACUUGCUGUACUCAUAUAAUAGAGUUGAUUUUACACCAAAGAAACAAUCAAGCACCUCUUAUUUUAUAUGUGCACAAAAAUAGAUUUAUUAUUGUACAUCUAUGCAAGAUCUGAAAUAGCAUAAUCUAGUAAUAAUUGGACCUCAUUUACAUUCUAAAACCUCUCCAAUAUCUUACAUACCUUUCACUUCUACUUUGUUUGCUAUUUGUUCUGUCACAGAUAUACUUGUAUCUAGUAGGAAUAGUAAAUUGAAAAUUUAUUAAAUUUACAUAUGUCUUUAAAAAAAAACACUAGUCAAAUAUCUGCAGGAUAUAGUGUGUGUUCUUUCUAGAACUAAUGUCGGAGGAAUGAGUCACAAGGUAUAUUUCUACGGGCAUUUUUGUAAGGGUAUAGUAAUGGUAAAAUUUAGAUUUGCCAUCUUUUUACUGUAAAUACAUGUUCUGUGAUUACAGGCUUUAAAUAAAAAGUGUAAUUAUUUUGCAUAAGAAAAUGUACAUGUUCAUGUGAUUUUAUAUGACAGUCUCGUAUGUUAAUGUAUGAAGUUGUUUUUGAGAGAGUGAUACAGUAUUAUUUCAGAUACUAGAAAGAACGGUUACAGGAAUACUUUAAUUCAUUUAUGAAUAUGAAUAUAAAUCAUAUUUCUGUCUAUGCGACACAGAACAUUGUGAGAGUUUUUAUUCAAGAGAAUACAGAAUGAUUUAAUUAGGAAAUAGAUAUCAAUUCUGAGUGCAUUGUUGUAGAAUAAUGCACGGUUUGAGUUCAAAUGCGUAGUAAUAUAAUCACGAAGGCCGAUAGGCCUGAGUGAUUAAUUACAAAGUAUUUGAACGAAAAACGUGCAUUAUUAAACAACAAUGCAUGAAGAAUAGAUAUCUAUUUCCAUUCUAACACGUCAAGAAAAAAUAUAAUUACUAUUAUAAAGUUGGACUUUAUGUUUGGUGGAUAAAUUUGUUUUCACCUCAGAGUUUCCAAUAGAAACGUUCGUUAAAGGCCGUUCCAGUUGGUUGAAAAAAACUGUCGUUAAUUCUACCGUGUGUAGAAACAUUUUGAGAAUAACGAAUUUUGAAAACGUUGAUAAAACUUUGUUUGUUUAUUUUAUUUCAGUCUAUAAUUUUCCAAGCGAAAAACAAAGAUUUAAAAUUGAAAUAAAUGUAAAACUUAACUCGUCUGCGACGUUAAAAUAGCGUACUUGAUUUUGAUUGUAUGGCACGUGCUAUUUGGCGCUACAUUGUGACGUCACGUGAACAACACUUUAAACGUCUGUACAGCGUUAACGACUGCAUUAAAGAUAUUGGUGUUCGGAUUCAUUUUCUUAGUUAGACCAUUUUCUAUCAUUCUAGAUAGUUUUCACAACAAAAUUCGACAAAAAAUUGUUUUUAUUUAUCAGAUUUUUAAACAAAAUGGCGCCCACAAUGUGAAAAUAUACAGGGAGAUAAUAAGAACGGCGAGUGCAUUGUUGUAGAAUAAUGCACGCUUCCGGCCUUCUUUGUCUAUAUAGAAAAAUUUCCGAUAGUGUUAGAAUGAUUGUUAUUGAACACUUGACACAGUAACUUACAGAACAGAUCAUAGAAGGUUUUCAUCUAAGCCUUUAAUGUUUGUUAUUUUUAAUGCAUUGUUUUAAUUCACAUGUGAAGCAAAUUCAUUGCUAAAUGUAUUUAUGCGCAUGUUGUUGUUGUUUUUAACGAUGUCAUCUCUUUAGUGACUUGAGAUUUUUGUGUCCAUUAUUGCCCUGUGAGUGCUUUGUUUAUUAGUCCAAAACAAAAUUAUAAUAUGGUUCUGGUUAUUUUCAGAAAGAAAAAUUAGGGUAGCUCUGAAAACAGUCUUACCUCAGAUUUAUUGGAAUUUAGUGGUGCAUUAUACCACUAUGCUUCCUUUUCUAAGAAAAUGUUAAAAAUAUCAGAAGUACUAAAAAAAUCUAGGAAAGGUAGAUUUACCAGAAUCUUAUUAUCACUUUCUUUUGGCCUUGAAUGUAUAUGAAUGUAUAACCAUAUACAUUGAUUUUUUGAAAUCAUUUUACUGUUUGGGAAUAGAAUUAAUAUAUACUA